GCUACGUACGGUACUCGUACUGAAAGACUUGAAUUGAAUUCAAGGCAAACUCAUUCUGUAGCAUAGCAGGACGAGUCGUAUGGUAUGUAGUAAGUACGUACGUUCGUACGUAUCGAGAGCUGUCAUAAAUUUUCUCGUUCUCCUUUUUUCCCCUUCCAUGCCACCAACCAAGCAGCUUCCGUGACUGACGGAGAAAUUGCCCUUGAAAGAGUUUAGACUUGAGAAACGGAGUUCAAUAGGUUUCGCUGAAGAUAAUCCAAAGAAGAAAGUCCAGGGAAAAUGAUUGCCGACGAAAACAAAGAAGUCUUGGAAAAGGCCUUGGGGAAACUCCUGGGGUUCGAGGAGGGGGAAGCAGAGGAUCUCCUGGAUCACUUGUUUUCCAUAGAAUCCGAAGAGGAUCUUUCGGAAUACCUCGCCCAGUUGUUGGGAGGCAAUACUCCGGAAGUGUCCCACUUCGUCGAUAGCGUGUCGAGGCAUCGGAAGGGUGAAUGUCUCAGCUCGCGUGACGGCGGCGAUGACAAGAAGGAAGCACCCUCCAAGCCGCCUGCCGGCGAAGACACAGCGGCCCUGGAUUCCUUCCGGAUGAUGGCGCUUGGAAAGAACACGGUGGAAACACCGAAACGGGGAACAAAUUCCGGCCGAAAGAAAGAAGCAAAAUCCAGAGUGCCCCCCCCCAAGAAAAAGUACAGCGGGAAGCAGACCCAGGAGCCCGCAAAAACUACCACGUCUGUGGCACAAACCAGCAUUCGGUCCAAACCACAAAGCUACAAUACGCAGCCAGAAGAGAAGAAAGAAGAAGAAACAACGGUGGUGAAAAAAUUCCAUCCCUCGCGAGGCAAGGCAAAGGUAGUGUGCGGGUGCUUCGGAAGCAAGCACAAGGCGCUGACAAAUUGCCUUUACUGCGGCAGAAUAUGUUGCGAAGCCGAAGGGUAUGGCUUUUGUCCGUUUUGCGGAUUUAUGAUAGAAGCACCAGUGUACGUGCGCCCUGCAGUAUCAUUUUCGUUGUCAUUAUUGCUUUGGUAUUCCUCGAGCUGUGUAUCGGCUAUUCUCAGUCAUUCGAGUUCGAUCCUUCCCGUUCGAUAAAUCAAUAAUCCAAACCACUCGCCGCUUCGCUCUCAUUUCCUAAUGCGCUGUGCUGUGCUAUACUGUAUUUUCUGUCUGUCGCAGUGCUGGGGGUAGCGGCAAGGCCUUUCAGCAAAAAGAACGUUUGCUUCGAUUCGAUCGAGAUUUCGCCAGGAGAACAGAGGUAUUCGACGAUCAGGCGGAUUACCAGGGCCCCGCUACUUGGAUGACAGAAGAGGAACAAAAAGAGGCGGAGGCGAACGAACAGAAACAUCUGGAAACGCUAAAGCGACCCAAACAGAAACUCAGUCUCGUCCUGUAAUCAAACUAAUAAAAGCUACGCGACAUGAUGUAAAUCAAUUCAUGGGUUAGAACAAUGGCCAACAAAACAAACGGCACGAACAAAUUUCUGUUCGGGGCAGCAAACAUUCACGAAUGAAAAUUGUUUAAAAAGAUAGACCUGAAUGUUCAUUUUGAGUGGGCAAAGUUGCUUUUCUUUUUAAUAAUUUGGGUCCCUCGAACAUCAAAUUGGAAAUAAUUUGUUUCCGAAACGACUAGAUCGAGUGUGUCUUGUGUAUCGGCAACUCGUUCCAGCCAGCGCCGUUAUCGUACAUCUCAUAUAGUUCAUGUAUUUGCGUUUGUUUGUGUGUUGUUUUGACUGUGGCAAUCGAAAGAACCCGCUGUUCAAUCCAUAUCACCACUGUGCUUUCUUUUUCACGAGGCAAGACACGGCGCGAGGCAAGUCACCAACUACUACAGUACUAAAGGAUCCACCGCCCCCGCGUCCGGCGCACGGAUCUAGUGGGCGUGGGCAUCUUCUUCCGCCGGAAUCGGGAGCAUCUUGAAGAACAAUCCGAGAUCCUUGAUGUAAUAGGUGUUGUCAUCGGCGUGGAUGGUGAACCAGAACAUGGCGUGCGAGUCCGGGUCUUGGUACCCGACCACGCGCGACGUUCUCCUGGAUGGAAUCAGAAUUGGCGAGGCAAAGGUUCCGGUUCCCUCCGGGGGGACCAGACCAAGGUCGUUGUAUCCGUCGAUGUUCUUUUGUUCGAGCUCGUCCAAAUCCUCGAUACCUUCCAGCCCCAUCUCCUUCAUUUCUUUCUUGAUGUCCUCCGGAAAGAACUCGGGCAUGUGCUUGGGUCGUGUGUCGUGGUCUUUGUCCGUGGGGAUCAAGUGGUCGGACUUUUCGCCGAGCCAUUUGCCGACCCCGAAUGGGAUGGUGGCGCCGGACUCGUCAUCUUUCUUCUUGUCCGAGAAGCCUCGCGUUGCAGCAAGAGAUGGAGCCUGUAAGCGUCGGCCCGCAACGCGGGUAAUGCUGGGAGUUUGUUGGUUCGUUUCAUCGAUUUGGAUGAGUUAUUGAAGCAUUGUGUGUGAGUUUAAAAAAAUACCAACACAGCA